AUGGGAAAGGGUUUUCCCUUCCUCCUGCUGCUCCUGCUGUGGGCAGAGGGCCCGGACCCCUCGUCCUCAGCCCUGAGGUUCCGCUACGAGUGCGGGGAGCUGGGGAUGCAGCUCCUGGCUCAUCCCCCCCCCGGCCGCUCCCUCCGCUUCAGGGUCAUGGAUGAAUUUGGGACCCUCUUCGACGUGGCCAACUGCUCCAUCUGCCUCCACUGGCUGAGCAGCGGGACGGACGGCGAGGACCGGUACGUGCUGAGGGUGCAGCUGGAGGAGAGGUUCCCCAGUGGGCUCCUGGCAGCCUCCUACCCUGUCAACAUGACGUGCCCACUGCCAGAGGACCACAAGCUCAUGGAGCCCAGGGUUGGCAGGGGCAACGGUGCCCACCAGAGCCAGGCUGAUGUCCGUGUCCCCCUGGCCCAGCCAGGCCUCCUGCACCACGUGUCCCAGUCUGUGCUCACCCACCCGGGACCCCAGCUGGUUCCUCGAGCCCCCUCGGAGCAGGUUCACCCCGUGGCUCAGACCCAGCCAGCCCUGGUGCACCCGGGGCUUCAGACCCAAUCUGGUCUUCUUCUCCCAGGGGUUCAGAACCAAAACCAGCCUGGUUUGGUGCACCGUGGAGCUUCAACCCAGCCAGGUCUUCUUGCAGGGGUUCAGACCCCAAACCAGCCUGGCUGGUUGAACUCCAGAGUUCAAACCCAACAGGGGCUCCUUCACUCAGGGGCCCAGACUCCAAACCAACCUGCCUUGGGGCACCGUGGAACUCAAACUCAACCAGGACUUCAUCACCUUGGAGUUCAGACCCCAAACCAACCCGGUUUGGGGCACCGUGGAACUCAAACUCAACCAGGACUUCAUCUCCAGAGGGUUCAGACCCAAAACCAGCCUGGUUUGGGCCACCGUGGAGGUCAAACUCGGCCAGGGCUUCAUCACCUUGGGGUGCAGACCCCAAACCAGCCCAGUUCAGGGCACCAUGGAGCUCAAACCCAACCAGGGCUUUACGUGGGGGUUCAGACCCAAAACCAGCCUGCCUUGGUGCACCACAGAGCCCAAACUCAACCAGGGCUUCAUCACCUUGGGGUUCAGACCCAAAACCAGCCUGGCUGGGCACACCGUGGACCUCAGACCCAACCAGGACUUCAAACCCAAAACCAGCCUGGCUUGGUGCACCGUGGACCUCAGACACAACCAGGACUUCAAACCCAAAACCAGCCUGGCUGGGCACACAAUGGAGCUCAAACCCAACCAGGACUUCAUCACCCAGGGGUUCAGCCCCCAAACCAGCCCAGCUCUGUGCACACCAGUGUCUACUCUGGCUGGGCACACUCCAGUGCUCAGCACCAGGCAGGUUUGGCACAGACAGGACCCCAACCCCAAAACCAGCCAGGUUUCACUCGCCCCAACCUUCAGACCCACUCCCAAACUGGUCUCCUCCAUCCAGUUCUGCAGAGCCAAGCUGGGCUGGGCCAUGCCAGGGGUCCAACACGCCCAGGGCUCCAGUCUAGACCAGGUUUCAUCCGUCCUGGACCACUUGAAGCUCAGCUCCAACCAGGUUUGGUGCCUCCAGGACUUCAACACCAGCCCAGCCUCUUGCAAUCCACUGCUCUCUUCUACCCCUCAGCAGGGGCAGGUAAGGUGAUCGAGGACCAGCUGAUCUAUGAGAACCAACUCAUCUCCACCCUCGACGUCCAGGGCUCCCCCCGUGGCUCCAUCACACGGGACAGCAUCUACAUGGAAGGUGCCCCCCCGUUGAAGCCAUGGGGGGUGUACAUCUCCUGCAGUGCCUCAGUGUGUCACCUGGCCCAGCCCGAGCCCUGCCAGCCCUCCUGCCAGCUGGGGGUGCCCUCCCGAGCACGUCGGUCCCCAGAGGACAGGACAGCUGAAGCUGGGGGCAGGGUGACCUCCCAGGGACCUGUUGUCACCUCCCAGGGACACAAGGUGACCUCCCAGGAACCCAUUGUCACCUCCCAGGGACCUAUUGUCUUCCCCAAGGUCCCCAGGCUGCAGAGAGGCUGA